CUGAUGAUUCCAGCAUCCUGCUGCUGCCUUAAUUCCCGUUUGUGGUGUAGAGGGGAAUGCAGACACCUGGGUCCCAGUUCACUUGGUAGUUUCUGAGCUGCUCGAGGCAGCCACGGGCGGGGUGGGUGUGACACACCCCGGCUGUGUCUCCUUGCAGGGCCACGAUGGGCCUCCUGGAACAUCGGGGUGUUCAUCUGCAUCCGCUGCGCUGGCAUCCACAGGAACCUGGGCGUUCACAUAUCCAGGGUCAAAUCUGUCAACCUCGACCAGUGGACACAAGAGCAGAUCCAGUGUGUGCAGGAGAUGGGAAAUGGCAAAGCAAACCGUCUCUACGAAGCCUUCCUGCCCGAGAACUUCAGGAGACCUCAGACAGACCAAGCCGUGGAGAGUUUCAUCCGGGAUAAAUACGAGAAGAAGAAAUACAUGGACAGGAGCAUCGACAUCAACGCCUUCAGGAAAGAAAAGGAUGACAAGUGGAAAAGGAGUAACGAGCCCGUAUCGGAAAGAAAACUGGAACCCAUCAUCUUUGAGAAGGUGAAAAUGCCUCAGAAGAAAGAAGAAAUGCAGCAAUCUAGAAAAAGUUCUCCUAAAUCUGAGCCAGUAAUGGACUUGCUGGGACUUGACGCUCCCGUGACCACCCCCGUCACCAACGGCAGGCCCAGCAGCCUGGAGAAGGACCUGGACCUUUUUGCAUCUGUGGGAUCAAGCUCAGACUCCAGGAGGGUCGUUGGCUCCAUGCCAACCUCUGGAAGUGCCGGCUCUGUUCCCGAAAACCUGAACCUCUUCCCUGAGCCUGGAGGCAAAGGGGAGGAAGUGGGGAAGAAGCAGCUCUCCAAGGACUCCAUCCUGUCCCUGUACGGCUCCCAGACCCCCCAGCUGCCUGCCCAAGGCGCGAUGUUCAUGGCCCCGGCUCAGAUGGCGUAUCCCGCCGCGGCGUAUCCCGGCUUUGCAGGCGUCACCCCGUCCAGCAGCAUGAUGGGGGGCCUGCUGGCCCCGUCGGUGGGGAUGGUGGCCCAGCCCGGGGCCGGGGGGAUGGUGGCCCCCAUGGCCAUCCCGGCAGGCUACGUGGGCAACGUGCAGGCGGCCGUGCUGGGCGUGCCCAACGGGGUGCUGGGCGCCCAGCAGGGCGGCUACGUGGCCGGGAUGGCGGCGGUGCCACCGCCCGUCUACGGGGUCCAACCCGCCCAGCAGCUGCAGUGGAACAUCGCCCAGGUGACCCAGCAGAUGGCCGGGAUGAACUUCUACGGAGCCAACGGGGUGAUGGGCUAUGGACAGUCCAUGGGAGGAGGAGGAGCCCAGGGCAGCAAUCAGUCCCUCAGCUCCCCGAUGUGGAAAUGAGCCCUCGCGUUUGUGACCAUUUUUGCCUUCUGUUCUGUUCUUCAAACCCGCUCCAUGAGACAUUCAGGGUUUUCCUUUUCGGGGCCGCCCAGCCCCGGACCCUUCCACCCCUGAGCCCCAUCUCUGCCUUUUCACUGUCAGACACGGUGAAACCUCAGUGACCAGAACCAUGAGCUCCCCCGUCCUUAGCACAGUCAAUGCACACUUCGGGGUGGAUCCCCCUCCUUGCACAAAACCUCCACCAGACGCUUCUGGGUAGCACUUGAUGUCCUGCUGGGCACCUGGGCAGAGGUGGGGCUGGCGAA